AUGCGUGACGGCCUCGUGACCGAGCAAGUGGACAUGACAUGUCCUUUCCUCCCCAUGGGUGCAGCAGAGAAUCAAACGCAGGUGACAGAGUUUAUCUUCCUGGGCUUCUCCAGCCUCCAGAAGGACCACCAGACCUACCUCUUCUUGGCGUUCCUCAUUGCCUACUUGGCCACCCUGAUGGGCAACCUCACAAUAGUCCUCCUGGUCCUCAUGGACUCCCGCCUUCACAGCCCCAUGUACUUUUUCCUCAGCUACCUCUCCUGCUUGGACAUUUGCCUCUCCACUGUGGUCGUGCCCAGGAUCUUGGUGAGCAGCGUGCUCCAGCGACACUCCAUUUCCUACAACCAGUGCUUGGUGCAGACAUUCUUCCUGGUCGGCUUUGCUGGCUGUGAGCCUGCGCUGCUGGCCGUCAUGGCAUAUGACCGGUACGCUGCCAUUUGCCAGCCUCUGCACUAUGCCCACCUCAUGAGCCCCCGGGUGUGUGUCCAGCUUGUUGUGGCCACCUGGGUCUUGGGCUUCCUGGACUCAGCCGUUCACGCUGCCCUGGCUUCCAACUUGCGUUUCUGUGGCUUCAACCAGAUCCCCCACAUCUUUUGUGAUGUUCCCCCUUUGUUGAAAAUUGCCUGCAGUGACACGCAUGCCAAUGAGCUGGCCACUCAUAUCACCAGCAUCUUUGUGGGCCUCGCUCCCUUCCUCUUCAUCAUCCUGUCGUAUGUCUACAUCCUGGCCUCCGUUCUGCACAUUCGCUCCAAUACCGGCAGGCACAAAGCCUUCUCCACUUGUGUUUCUCACAUUGCAGUGGUCACCCUCUCUGUUGGAAUUGCAUUCCUGAACUACAACCACACCAGCUAUGGCUACUCCUUGGAGAUCGACAUCCUGGUCUCCAGCAUGUUCUGCAUCGUCACCCCCAUGCUGAACCCCCUGAUCUACAGUCUCCGCAACCAGGAAGUAAAGGGGGCCAUGAGGAAGGUCCUGAACAGCCACAGGAUGGUUUGA